GAAAAAGAAGAAGAAAAAGAAGAGGAAGAAGAUGAUGAAGGGAUAAAGGAGAUAUCAAAGGACCUCAAAGACGACAGCUUCAUAGAGCAUGACAAGGAUCAACCAGAAAUCAACGGUACAAGUUCUUACUCAGCCAGAGAUGAAGACGUACCUGGACAUGCAAACAUAAAAACAACAGCUCUGCAGCAGGCAUCACCACUAUCCUGGAUCCCCAGCAUUAACUACAGACUUAAUAGAGAUAUCUACCAUUAUGUCGGGCAGGACAUUUUCAUUCAGGAGUCCAUCGACUCUUUCGGAGCAGUGAUGUGGCCAGCAGCGUUGGCUCUGUGCUCCUUCCUGGACAACCAGAGAGAGCUGGUGAACCUGCAGGGAAAGGACGUGCUAGAGCUGGGAGCAGGAACAGGACUGGUAACCAUUGUGGCCAGUCUGCUGGGAGCUUCAGUCACAGCUUCAGACUUACCUGAUGUGUUGGGCAACCUCCAGGCUAAUGUGAUAAGGAACACUAGGGGGCGCUGCAGACAUAUGCCCCAGGUUGAUGUUCUGUCCUGGGGCUACGACCUGGACCGUACCCACCCUUCAUCUGUGUAUCGCUAUGACUACGUGCUGGCGGCUGAUGUGGUCUACCACCAUGACUUCCUGGACGAGCUCCUGGUCACCAUGAAGCAUUUCUGCAGACCAGGAACGACUUUGAUCUGGGCCAACAAGGUCAGGUUUGAGACUGAUCUGACCUUCACUGAGAACUUUAAAAAGGCUUUUUACACAACACUGCUGGCCGAGGACGGAGAGAUGAAGAUAUUCAUGGCAACAUGUAGAGCGUGAGAGACAGGUAAAGGUGAGUAGACUGAAAGGCCCUGCUUAGUUUAGAAGACUGGUUUAGUUAUCCUUUUAUUAACACUGAUCAUCUCAUUGUUUUAUGAAGUUGUCUUUAUGUCUCUUUAUAUAUUAGUAUUCUAUUUAGGUCUUGUCAUUUGGACACUGAUUCUAUGUUUUCCAGAAACUUGCUGUUUGUUAAAAGUGCUGUUAAUUGUUUUGCUCCCUUAUCCUCUUAUUUCAUGAGCAUGGGGAAUAAUAAAAACAGGAUUAAGUUAUGAUUUGACCAGUGAAUGCAUGUAUAAUAAUGUGAAACCUUUUUAAGUUGUUGUCUUUUUAGAUAUGUUGUAUCUCAAUGGGAAUACUCUGGGUUGUAUAUAAGAAAAAAAACAAUCCCUUUUAUUUUAAUCUUGAAUAAAAUGACACCACUUGUUAAAAGCUACCAGAAGAUUUUGUUGUAAAACAAUUAUCAUGUCAAAGCACACUUGUGAAUUGGCUUCAGGUGUGAAUGUGAAACCGAGACUGAAUUAAAUUACAGUUUUAUGUUUAUUAAAAUGGGACGGAUUCACAGUUUGUACACCCCAUCCACAUUGCAUUGAUUUAGAAAGCCACAAACAAGUACAAAUGCAGUAUAUACAUUUCAGUGUACAUCUCCUUUUUAUCAAAUACAAUAGCAAUUUUUCACACAACAGUAGUGUAUUUUUGAAAUAAUGUAAGUCAUGGUUAGGAGGCCUUUUUUCAGCAAGCAACACUUCAACAGUUCAGACUGAAAGAUGCUGUGCAGAAGCUGUGCAUUUACGUCAUGGAAAGUGAGCCAAGCCGACAGCGUCUUAAAGUUAUUUUGAUCCACGUUAGAAAAAUAGUCCUGUGUUUGCAGAGUUCCCUUUAGAAAGGGGUUUUAAUUCAAGAAGGCAAAGCGUCAACAGCACAGGCACCAGAGAAGCAAAUCAAACUCAACAACAGUGAUGAGUGUAAGAAGGUCGAAGACUUGUAAAUACGUUUAAUACAGCUCCUCUGAUAUAACUCUUUAAAGUGUUAAACUACAAGGGCAUCUUCAAAAAAGAAAACAGAGAAAUAUAGUGGCACACAUCUAUGACCAAGUGUAAAUGUUAAACUCAUUUUUAAAAACAGG